UACUAUAUAUGCUUCUCUGCACUUUCAUCAUUUUCCAAUCAUUGUUACAAUUGUGGAAUGUAGAAUAGUGCCCCUCAGAAAUGGGAGCUCGCAAAACCAUCCUUGCUGGCAAAUCAAAAUUUGACAUUGGAGCUAAUUUCAUUCAAAAGCUAUGUGAUUUUUAUGUGCCCUCCCCUCUAAGGAUAUCCAGUAUUAAUCCUUUUUCUCUAGCUAGUGGCAGCCUUUGUGUGAAGCAACGUGAAUUAUUUCAUAACAGUGACAUGCUUGAUAUAUCGUGGCACAAGGGACUAUAUGAUUCAAAUAUCUUGAUUGGUUAUAGGUAUCCUAAACCUAUAUGUCUUGGUCAGCACUCUCUAACUAUUCAGCAUUUAAUUUCUCCUGAAGUUGGAAUCCAUGGAGUUCCCAUGAACAAUUUUUCCCAAUCUGUAAGCCAAGGUUUGAGGUUGUCAAAAUUGUCAAUUGGAUUGGAUUUUAAUGAGCCUUCAACUUCUAAUUGGAGUACUUCAACCGGUGUAUACUUUAAGCACAAUCGAUUUAGCAAUGACAGCGGCCGCUCUAUAAGCAGAGAUCUAGAUGGUUUUCCAUUAACUUGCAGUGGAGAACCAUACGACAACAUGAUAGUGAUUAAUCAAAAAACUCAAUUUGAAGAUGUAAAUGAUCACAGUUUCACUCACUUCAGUUUACAAAUGGAACAAGGGAUUCCACUCCAACCAAAUUUGCUAACCUUCAAUAGAUUUAAAUUUUUUGCUUCAAAAGGAGUCAAACUUGGACCAACCGUUUUAUCUUCCUGGUUGAGUGGUGGUUCAAUUGUAGGAUCUAUCGCUCCACAUCAAGCUUUUGCAAUUGGUGGUCCCAACAGUGUUAGAGGCUAUGGUGAAGGUGCAGUUGGUUCUGGACAGUCAUAUUUGGCAUCUAAAACUGAAUUGGCAAUCCCAUUGAACAAGAAACUAGAAGGUGUUUUUUUCCUUGACUGUGGAUCUGACUUGAAUAGUAGUCAUAGGGUUCCUGGAAAUCCAGGACAUAGGCAUGGUAAACCAGGAUCUGGAUAUGGGAUUGGGUGUGGCAUUCGGUUCAAAACCAAGCUGGCUCAAAUAAAAUUUGAUUAUGCCAUCAAUGCUUUUCAUCAAAGAUCUUUAUAUUUUGGAAUUAGCAAUUUGGUUCUAUGACAUUACAAUUAAAGAAAGUCGUUCAUGGUGUGUGCCACCAUUUUUUAGCAGUGCUGAAUUUCUUGUAAUUAAUUCACUCAAAUAAACGUGAAAGACCAACGUUGUUAUAGUAAAAGACAAGACCUGAAUAACUAGGAAACUUAAAAAGGUUAGGUUGAGUGAGUAUCUAAAACACGUUUUUCACCAUGGGGUAACAAGAUUGCGUGACACAAACCAUUCACAUGCUAUUUAUUUGCUAUGUGAAUGGGAGGAUCUGCAAGUUAACAUGGUCAGAAGAAACAUGAUCUAAUCCUAUAAACAAUGAAAAAAAAAAAAAAAAGCCAAUUUUAGAAAAAGUGAACAAUUUUAUGGAAGUUUUUCUUUGAAAGAGUCUAGCGUCUAAGUAUUGUGAAGUGUGAUAGUGCGGGUUUGAACCCAAAUUCCUACGAAUAAAAAGAAAAUAUGGAAAAUAAAUGCAUGAUCGCAAAGAUGUAAAGUUUUUUUUUUUUUUGACAAUGUCAUAUAUGUGCGAAGCUAAUCGCAUGAAAAUUACCUACACUAACUUA